UCCUUCAUGCCUACAAAAGCAAAAGCUCACAAGAAUCGAUCAUUUGUGCUCAGUGGACCGAUCGCACAGGACACGCCGAUUUCUACAGAUUCUUCUCUUCACCACAAAGAAAGAACAACCAUGCAGAGAAUAACAGACGCCCUUUUUGGGAAAAAAGCCCUUUGCAGCGCGGAGGCUCCGCCAGCUGCUCCGGGCGUCCUGGGACGGAUAUUGAGGUAUCUCUUCCCCUGGGGUCGACCUGCCACCACGACCCCGGAACUUCGUCAGGAGUCGACACACCGCGACGACACUGAAGACGCAGACACAGACCAGGAAGUGGCCUGUGUCCAAAGCCCGCCCCCAAGACCAAAGCCCGCCCCCAAGACGGCCAAAAGACGGGAGAUGAAAGUCAACGUGAAGAUCAGGGGAAACUGGAAAACGACGCUCAUGUAUUUCCUCCUCAUGCUGCUGUUUGCGGGCGCAGUGACGCAGUACGCCCACCUCAGCAUCCAGCUGUGUGACGCCCGGCAGCAGAUAACGGCGCUCUCGCAGCUGGUGAGCCGCUUGAACCCCGUCGCAGACAACAUGGCAAACUUCGCCCAAGAGUCGCAGGGAGCCAGAGUCCUCACCCGCAUGUCCUCAUACACCUUCAGGACCACGAGAAAAGAAACGAUGGUGGAUGAGCUGCUCUCUUGGUUCACGACAUCCACAGACCACCAGAGACUGAUCCAGGAUCGCGCCGGGCCGUCUCCAAGAGAACGCUGGUGCUUCGCAGGGGCCGAAGGACACGCCGUCGUCUCCUUGUCCCACCCAGUCAAGAUCACGCACGUCACACUCGGCCACAUCACAAAGCAACAGUCCCUCACCGGCGAAAUCCACAGCGCGCCGAAAGAGUUCUCCGUCUACGGAAUGGCGAAAGAGGACGAGGAAGGCAUCCGGCUGGGGACCUUCACGUACGACCAGGACGCCCCGGCCUCCCAGACCUUUGAGCUUCCCAGCCCAGUCGAAGACGUCUUCAGCCACGUGAAGCUGCAGAUACGGAGCAACUGGGGGGAUGAAGAGCAGACGUGCCUCUACAACUUCAGGGUCCACGGUAUCCACAUGUAAGGGAAAGGGGGGGCGGGGGGUGUGAAAGGUGAACCAACCGCAAACCAUCCAAGAACAAAUGUGAUAUAAUAAUAGUGAUAUAAUGUGCCAUUGUAUAGAAUAGUUAAAUCUAAAUCAUAUUGUUAUAUAUAGACAUAGACAUAUAUUUAUUAGAUGUAGAAUGUUCACAGAUGUGUUAGGGUUGGUUCCCCUCUCACAGGGCAGAAUUGUGGCUUAGGGGU